UGUCUCUUCAGCACCAACUCACUGACAAUCCGACCAACCGGAGAGACGAGACCAGACUGGCUCAACUCACUUCUCUCACUGCGACUCCUCUCUCUGCAUGUGGAUGCUUUUUCUUAUCAAGAUAACAAACUACUUUUGUUUUCUUCCAGUAUAAAGGAGCUAUGAUGUAUCACCUGCUGAAAGUAAGAAUUUAGAUGUGUUGGUUGUCGAACAGGAGCGACCAUGUGGUUGGUGGAUGAUUUUAUUUCACUGAGGAUUCUGAUUUUUUUUCCAUCUUUUCAUUGUAAACUAAGCUUUUUCUUUUUCAUCACACUUUGGAAGUCUAGAGAAAUGUCUGAAUUACUGAGUUGUUGUUGAAAUAAGUUUAUUAUUUCGACUUCAAACAGUAAUUUAAGAGCCUUUUUUUCCUUUAAUAAUAAGAAGUGGAAUUUGCACAUCUCCUCGUGAUGCUGACUUUAGUAGUUGGACUCUUGUACCUGGCCAGUGGACGCACGGUGCGCAGCCAGGACUCUACAGGUAGCCGCUUCGUGUGUAACGCCAUCCCUCCGGGUGCAGAACCGGGCUGCGGGUACGGACCUACCGGGGGGAACCGGAACCGGGUCCAGAGCAGCAGCCCCGUGGAGGACGAGCUGCGGAACACCAUCCUCCAGCUCCGGGAGACCAUCCUGCAGCAGAAGGAGACCAUCGGGAGCCAGCAGGGAACCAUCAAGGAGCUCAACUCCAAACUGGCGCGCUGCGAGGCGGCGGCGGAUGAGACUCCGCAGAGCAGGACCCGGGGUGGACAGGGGGGAUCCGGAUCCAGGAGGAAGGACUACAGCAAGAACACCAUGGGGGACCUGCCCAGGGACCCAGGGGACACCAUAGACCAGCUGGGCAAGACCAUGCAGAGUCUCAAGGGUCGGCUGGAGAGCUUGGAGCAGCAGAGUUUGCGUCUCCCCAGCACCAACGUGUCAGCCGGAAGUGUCUCCGCCCUGGCUCCCCUGCCACCAGAGCUGCGGGAGCUGCUGCGCCAGCGUCUGGGGGCGCUGGAGAGCCAGCUCCUCCGGAAGGUGGCCGAUCUGGAGGAGGAGAAGAGCCAGCUCUACAAUGAAACAGCGGCCCACCGCCAACGCACCGAGAGCGCUCUCAACUCCCUCCUGGAGAGGAUCACCGAGCUUGAGAAAAGUAACAAUGCCUUCAAGUCCCCCGAGGACUUCAAGGUGUCCCUCCCUCUUCGCACCAACUACCUGUACGGACGCAUCAAGAAGAGCCUCCCGGAGAUGUACGCCUUCACCGUGUGCAUGUGGCUCAAGUCCAGCGCCACACCAGGCAUCGGAACCCCGUUCUCUUACGGCGUGCCGGGCCAGGCCAACGAGAUAGUCCUCAUCGAGUGGGGGAACAACCCCAUUGAGCUGCUGGUUAAUGAUAAGGUGGCCCAGCUCCCUCUGUCAGUGAGCGACGGGCGCUGGCACCACAUCUGCAUCACCUGGACGACCAGAGACGGUUUCUGGGAGGCUUACCAAGACGGCGAGCGCCUGGGCACCGGGGACAACCUGGCCCCCUGGCACCCAAUUAAACCUGGAGGGGUGAUCAUCCUGGGCCAGGAGCAGGACAUCGUCGGAGGCCGCUUCGACGCCACCCAGGCCUUCGUGGGCGAGCUGAGCCAGUUCAACAUGUGGGACCGAGUGCUGCGGCCCGUGGACAUCAUGGGUCUGGCCAACUGCUCGGCUUACAUGCCGGGCAACGUGGUCCCUUGGAUUGACGCCAACGUGGAAGUGUUUGGCGGUGCGAGCAAAGCCGCGCUGGAGAUCUGUGAAGAUCGCGCUUUUGAUUCCUAAAGGAUCUGAUGUGAGGGAGUUCAGACAUCGCUGCCGGGGAUUGAGAAGCGAUCUUGACUGUUUGUUGCUUCAAGUCAAAUCCCAAAGAAAAGGGCACCAGUGCAACACUUUUACAUAUUUAUACGGUAUGACUGCGCAGCCUCAAAAGACUCAACGUUUGCCGGACUCACCUGUCGAUGCGUCCAUCGAUCUGAACCCUGAAGAACCUGAAGAAGAUAUGCGUUUGCAUCAGUCUACUGUAAUGAUACUGUCAUCAUGCGCUUUCUCUUCAGCUUUCAUUUGACUCUUUGAAAACAGCUCCGUUCGGUGGCGUUCCUCACACUGACAAUGCUGCACUGUAUUCGUGGUGAAUGUGAGCUCAAACAGGCUUUGAUGUGUGCCGUGGAACACGAUUCCUGAGUUACAUGGUAGAGCACUACACGCUGCGAGCUUCCCCGGCCGUUUGAAGAGAAAUGAGGCAUCGAACCAGAAACGCGCAGUGCAAUGAGGCGGAUGUUCGCGAGUUCAAAGUGGAACAAAGAACAACCCCUCGCUGUUGAUUACUUUGAAACAUGGCAGAAUGUCUAAAUAGUAUGCAUGAGCUGGAGCGGCAGAGUCGGUUCAGAAGUGACAGUGCAUGCUUCCUGUCAAUACAAGUGCGUCCAAUGCUGCUGACAGCAUUACAUAAGAGCGUGUGUGUGUAUGUUCAUGCGCGUAUGGCUGGUCUCGCGUGUAAAAAGACCAGAGAUUAUGAGGGAGGGAGGACAUUUUCAUUCUUGUAAAUCUAUGCUUAAUACCUCUCUGCCCCUUGAGCAGCUGCCACAUCCCAAACAGCUUUAUGGAUGGGCCGGCUCUGCUCAGGUCGAUAGCGAUGUCGGACAGCUGCCCGGGACUGCCGAGUGCCCAGCGAGGGCAGGGACUGGGCUUGACCCUCAAGGACAAUCCUUAAUUCCUCAUCUGGGGGUAGUAAUUAUCUGUGUUCAUGAAUGAGUGCUGGCGGUGAGCAGCCACCAAAAGCCGAGUGCGUCAUAAAGAUGGAGAGAUAAAAUGUCAAAUGAGAGCAGCACUCUGCGGACAUUAUGAAUGUCUUAAUUGCCUCUCACCGAACAAGAAGAUUAAUUUUGAUCCGUGGAUGUGAUAUGUUUUUUGAAAUUAUGCAGGAAAAUCGAUGGGAUUUAGUGGAUCAAAUUGACAGCUUUUUGCAGCUUGAUUUAUGUUAGUCCUUAAUGUUGUGGUGGACGUUUGCUGUUCGUCAGUAAAAUAUUGAUAUCAAGCCCGGUGCUGGAGUAUGGGCAGAAAUAUGUGUCACUAGAAACUGAUUUUGAAUGAUUUAUAUUUGAAUUUGAAUUGCUCAACUUGAAUAAUUGCACUGAAAAAAUGAAAAUGAAUGUAAAACUAUGAAAUUGAAUUCAGUUGCUCUGAAACUGAAUUUGAUCCUCACUGAAAACUCAAUUCUCUAUACUUCCACAUUCAGUUCUCACAAUUCAAAAUCACUUCUUGUAGUUCAAUUUCAGUUUACUGAGACACACAUCCGGUCCAUGUGGUCUAAGUUUUGAUAGUUUGUUUAACGAUUAAAUACUGAAUCCAAGGAAGGUCCGUCUCCGCGAAAUAUGACAGCUACAAUAGCUUGAAAAAUAACAAUGUGAGGCACUGAAUUCAGUUCAAAACUAAAAAAAAUCUAUUUAAAAUUAUGCUAUUCAGAUUCAGUUUUUCAAUGCAAUUAUUUAAGUGAAGCAACAC